GCUGCCCACGGCUGUGGGCGAAGACUCUCCACGGGUAUAAACAGCUUGCCGAGACUCCAGAACGUCACUGCUUGAAGCCGCAGUGACUCGGCCACCAGAGCUGAACCUCAGCAGAGAUAGCAGCAAGCAGGCACCUCCACGCCGCGCAGGCUAACUCGCUUUCGGCUUUGGUCCGAGAUGGAAACUCGUUGGAACACGAAGGGCUCCAGCGCCCGCAACUUUAAGAGUGGACUCUCCCUGUGGCUGAUUCUGUGGCUGGUGGUGAAGCCAGGCGGAGUGGCUGCAUGCCCUAAACUGUGUGUGUGUUACCCCAUGCCCAUGACGGUCAGCUGCCAAUCCCAGAAUCUCACCAUAGUGCCAGCAGGUGUGCCCUAUGACUCACAACGUGUUUUCCUGCAAAACAACCGCAUCACAGAGCUUCGCGCAGACUCCUUUGGCUUUGAGACCCAGGUGCUUUGGUUAUAUGGCAACAACAUCACAUGGAUCGAGGCCGGGGCCUUCAGUAACCUCAGGGUGCUGGAGGAGCUGGAUCUGGGUGAUAACCCCUCACUGCGGCACCUGGAAGGAGGAGCUUUCAGGGGCUUGGAGAAGUUGCAGAGCCUGCACAUGCAUCGCUGCAAGCUGGCCACUCUCCCCCAUGACCUCUUCCACAAGCUGUACAGUCUGCAGUUCCUCUACCUGCAGGAGAAUCAGCUCCACUUUCUGCAGGAUGACCUAUUCUCAGAUCUGGUCAAUCUCACCCAUCUCUUCCUGCAUGGAAAUCGCAUACGUACCCUCUCUGAGAAUGUGUUCAGAGGCUUGGUCAACCUGGACCGCCUCCUUCUGCAUGACAACCGUAUCAGGCAGGUCAACCGUCGGGCUUUCCGUGACCUUGGCCGCCUCACCAUCCUUUACCUGUUCAACAACUCUCUGGCUGAGCUGCCAGGCCAGGCCAUGAAAGAUACCCAGGGAAUCCAGUUCCUCCGCCUCAAUGGUAACCCCUGGUCCUGCGGCUGUGAGGCCCGUACCCUCUGGGAGUGGUUCCGUGAGGCCCGCAUCUCCUCCUCUGAGCUCAUAUGCACCUCCCCAUCCCAACGCCGCGGCCAGGACCUCAGAUUCCUCCGUGAGCUGGACUUCGUCCUCUGCCCUCUGCCUGACCCAGGCUCUCUGGCUGGAAGCACCACGACCACUUUUAGCACCAAGACCCGCUGGUGGUUCUCCAAGAACAAGCCCGCAUCGUCAUCCAAGACCUUGUACCAGAAGAGCAGCGAGACGGUGAAAGCCUUCCCCUUCAAUGCUGUCAAACCUCAGUACCCACCCAAAACCCCAGCAGAAUCAUUCUCCUCCAAGUAUGAACUGUCAGAGGAUGAGGCUGCACUCCCCAAGGUGGACCAGGAAGAAUACUGGACCAACUACGGCAACGAAGACGCCUCCAUCCGUUGCUUUGAGCUGGAGUGCCCCCCAGGCUAUGACUCAGCCUUCUCCUCCUCUUCCUCUUUAAACAUCUGUCUGCCCCUCCUCCACUUUCUCUCCCUCUCCAUUGUCACAUUCUCCCUCCAUUUCCUUUUUGGCUGAACUCUUCUCUCCUCCACACCCCUUUCUUCCUCUGAUUUCUCCCCCUGCUCCUUCCAACUCUAACAACAACCUGGAUCUUGAUUCCUUUCACGUACCUCCCUGAGGUGCAGGGGUUGCUAUACUGACACAGGAGACAGGCAAUGCAGCAUGGAGCUGUUUUAACUAGCAAAGGUUAGUUGAGCUGAUAAUGUGUAGGACAGGAUUUCAGUGCUGAAGUAGCUGCUGCUUACCAGUAAAGGCUCUAUAAAAAGGGGAAUCACAUCAUGGAGCUCUGACAGCGACAGUACAAAGGCGGAGACCUACGACAUGAGAGAGACAGAACAUAGACAGCUGUCGAGGUCCUCAGAUGUUUUUAGAUAUCACAGCUGUAAACAACGCAGGCACUGUGGUUCAUCAAUACUUGUUUUCUAUAUCAGUUAGUGCGCAUCAUUCAAUCACUGCUA